AUGAAAUAUCUUACAAUACAGCAUCCAAAAACCUUCAAACCUUCAUCGAGAAUAUUACAGACUCCAACUAAAGAAACAAGACUGGAUGAAGUCAAUGAGAUGUCCCCACAAGCAACUCGAAAUCCUGCUGGUAACUCGAACCCCGCAUGUGAAGAAUCUGUUAUAAUUAAAACCAAUGUGGCAAAUCUUGAAACAAAUUUUGUUUCCUUCAAACAAGAUAUUCUAAAAUCAUACGAAGAAAUAAAGAAAGAUAUGAAGAAAAAAUAUGAUGAAAUCGAAAUUUUAAAGAAAAGGAUUACCAGUCUUGAGACACUAAAUGAGCUUCUUCAAAAAGACAAUGCUGAUCUGACUAACAUCUCACAUAAACAAAAGCAAUUAGAAAAGAAAGUUAGUAAUGCCAUUACCCUAUGUAAAGACCUAAAACAAAAACCGUAA